UUAGCACUCUGGACUUUGAAUCCAGCGAUCCGAGUUCAAAUCUCGGUGGGACCUUGAUAACAAAUUUUUUUUUUAAUUGUUUUUUGCAGCUGCGAUAAUCGUAAUUUCAGGGAUAAAAAUUAUUGUUUCACUUUAAUCUCUGAAAUGGUACCGCGAGCACAUGGAAUAGUGAAUGGCGGCGUAUCUGUGGGAGUUAAGGGAUGCUGGGAAGGGAGCAUUAUUGAUCGUGCGAAAAUGGGAUGGACGUAUCCAUUCGCGCCGAGCACCCAGUCCGCGGACGUGGGACCGUCGUGUCUCAACCUCAAAAACACGCUUUUAGGCCUUUAACGUUAGUUUAAUAAACCGAAAUACCACAAAACGGUCCCUGCUGGAGCGUUCGCGACUCAAAAACCAAAUGUUAACACCGCGCGCGUUUGAUAAACCCAAAAAACAGAAACACCAAGUAGGAAACCAGCAUGAUCAGUGAUCUCAAGUAUCUUCGACCAAAAACCUCGUCAAUACGCUUAAAUAUCAAUAAUUAGACACCGAUGGUUUGCAUAGAGUGAUAGAAAAUCAUGUGUUUUGAGUGCCGUAUGCUGUAAGGAACGGAUGAUAAAGUGAGAUGGCUGAAGUAUUCUCGCCUGGAUAAGUGAGAAAUGUGUUCUAGCAAAAUGUGUGGGAUAAAUUCAUUUUCUAAACGUAAAUUCUGUUUAAAAUGGUGCUGGAGGAAGCGUUGGCCUAGGCUGGCGCCGUUUGAACGUUCUUUAUAAAACUAGUUUACUCAUAAUUAAAAAAUAACCUCAAGAUGAAUUCGUUUAAUGCCCCGACGACCCAAAUAAACGCAAUAGACAAAAUGACAACAGUAAAGUCCAAAUCGGUGGACCUGGAGGGAUAUGUUAUCAUUGUGGCUCAGACCAAAGAUAACAAAGUGAAGCUGUACGGCUCCCCGUCCGCCGGUAACAUGGACAACCUCGAGCUCGCCGACGAAAUCAUGGACGUGAACGAGACGCGACUAGACGAGAUGAACCACACGGAGGUCAUUGGACACAUUCAUGAGUGCAUCUCGUCCUGUCUCAUCAAACUCCGAGUGAAGCGACGUAGCGAGACCAAACUUUUAUCGGACAUCGGACUCAGCAAUAUCCAGGAUGCGUUCCUCAUCGCGGUGGAGGAGCAGGCGGCGCAGCGCCUCCAGCGGCUGUCAGCCCUCAAGCGUAUCACCCCGGUGGACAUGUCCAAGUUGUCUGUAGAGUUGAAUCGCCGAAAACGAACGCAGCCUGAGAACCGGCAAGAGCUGAACGGCUACAUAGGCAACUCCACCGUCUACGUCACCUCCAUCAACGAGGACGGAGCCAUCGAGACCAAACCCACCAUCUCAUCCCCCAAGUCACUCCCCAGAUCCCUCCAGGCCAAACCCACCCCCAUCAUAGCCAACGGAAUAGACAAAAAAGAACCUAUCAAAGAAGUUGUCGAAGUUAAAGUGGAACCGGAGAAACAUGAGAAGGACAUUAGUGAGAAAAGUUUGAAAAUUAAAGUGGAUAGUGUUGAUAGUGAAGUGAAUAGUGAGAAGGAUCCUUACAGUGUUGCUAGGGAGCACCUCAGUAACGGGAGGUGCGAGAAGCUGAUCGGGGAGCCUGAUUAUAAGAUCAGGGCGUCGGCUGUUGUGGAGAAUAAUAAGCUUGGACCAGGGGAGAAAGGACCGCGGCGCCGCUCGGGCUCGAGCAUCGUGGUGCUGGGCGCCGAGGACGAAAAGCGACCGCCGCCGGAUGACGACAAAGACAUGCUUACUAUGCUGUCCCUCUCCGCAGACACCGGUCCUCACCGCGAGAUGGCGGUGGACGUUCCGGACAGCUUCAUCGCGCGCAACAAGACGCCGCCCCGCUACCCGCCGCCCCGCCCGCCGCAGGUACGCCUGCGCCCCUCCAGGGACGACGAGACCCUCCUCCUAUCCUCCGGCUCCGGCACCAGCUUCGGCAGCAAACACUCCGUCCUACAGAGCGCCGUAGACUCAGGACCUAGCUCUGACGGCUCCAGCUACAAGAACAACAGCACUAUGGAGUUAUUAUCAGGACCACAGAGUUCCGAAGGAUCUGGGACUAGCUUUGGAAGCAAAAAAUCAAAAGGCUCCUCAGAAACAGCCAAAUGCGACUUGCUAUCCGACAGAGGAUCAGUAGCAUCGAACACUACACACACUUUAAGCGACCAUAAGAUCCAACUUCUCAUUUCUAAUGGCGACGAUUCUUUGCUAGAUUGUAGAGAAGGCGUCUCGUACUCAGCGCGGACGGAUUCUGUGCUCAUACGUGAAGCGGUCUACGCGUCUUACAAACUCCCUCCUGGCUUCGACACAACGCCGGUCCUUCUCGGGAGGGAGGUGGCGGUGGAUGUCCCGGAUUCGUUUGUCCAGAUUGUGAAAACCACCCCGAAAUACCCGGGUACCGUGGACAGAAAGAGCUUGCAGCAGGUGAACGGCACCGCGAAGACAGCCGCCCCCGCCAUCCCCCCGCGGGAGGCGCCCCGCGACGCACCCCCGCGGCCGCCAGCACAUGAUGUCACUAAAGAGCAGAUGGAGUCUAUCAAGAAAUAUCAGGAACAACUCCGACAACGCAAAGAGGCGGAGGAACGCGCGGCGGCCCAGAACGAGUUCUUACGCACCUCGCUCCGCGGGUCCAACAAGCUCCAGGCGCUGGAGUCCACGCCCAGCGGUGGGACCGCCUUCGUCAACGAUGCCUACGACCCCUACGAUGACGAGCUGGACGGCGAGUCGACGCUUUACAACCUUGUUGAUUACCAAGAAGUAUCAGCAGCGCUCACACGCAUCCAAAAGGCGCUCGGCUCAGCCGGGGAGUCGGCGCUGGCGGCGCGGGUGGCGGGCGCGGCCAGCGCGCUGCUAUGUCCGGAACUGCGGACCGCGCUGGGCACGAGGACCGCUGUGCUGACGGCAGCAAGGCAUGAGCGGCCUGGGCUAGCACCGCCGGUUACACAUAGGGCCACGGAGCGGCUAAAAGAAUGUAUGGAUGUAGUAGGCUCUCAUACAACUACCGGCGGGGUGGCCGCGGCGCUCUGUGCGGAACUUUUAGCCGCACUGGGAGGUCUAGAGCUAGAGUCGCUUCUACAAGCACAUGACCAAGCUGCAGCGCUGCUGGACCCGGCUAGCUUCACGAGGAAGAGAACUAAGACUGGCAACAAUCUAAAUCACAAAGACGAGAAAGCUUUAACUGCGCCCGACGACCCCGGCGAGCACAUCAAAAUCAUCAAAAUAGAAAAGACUAAUGAACCACUUGGUGCUACAGUGAGAAAUGAAGGAGAAGCGGUUAUUAUCGGUAGGAUAGUGCGCGGUGGCGCGGCCGAGAAGUCAGGGUUAUUGCACGAGGGAGACGAGCUUUUAGAAGUAAACGGCGUAGCCAUGCGUGGCAAAUCAGUCCACGAAGUGUGUCAAGUGCUGGGCGCGCUGUCCGGCACGCUGGCCAUGGUGGUGGCGGCGCGCGGCGAGCGCGUGCGGCCGCCCGCGCCGCGCGUGCUGCACGUGCGCGCGCACUUCGACUACGACCCCGAGGACGACGUGUACAUACCGUGUAGGGAGUUAGGUAUCAGCUUCCAGAAGGGCGACGUAUUGCACGUCAUCAGCAGAGAAGACCCGAACUGGUGGCAGGCGUUCCGCGAAGGCGAGGAGGACCAGACGCUCGCCGGCCUCAUUCCUAGCCAGGCCUUCCAACACCAACGGGAGUCCAUGAAGCUGACGUUAGCCGGUGAAGUAGCGGCCCGGGACAAGCCGCGGAAGGGCGGCACGCUGCUCUGCGCCAAGAAGCCGCCGCGCAAGAAGAAAAGCAAGAAAGCCACCAGCGAAGCCGGGUAUCCGCUGUACUCCACUUCCACUGGCGAAGGUGAGGAUUACGAACAAGAAGAGAUCCUAACAUACGAAGAAGUAGCGCUAUACUACCCUCGCGCGUCACACAAGAGGCCGAUAGUGCUGAUCGGGCCUCCUAACAUCGGCCGGCACGAGCUCAGACAGAGACUGAUGGAAGACAGUGAGAGAUUCGCAGCUGCCGUACCACACACGUCGCGGCCCCGGAAAGACCACGAGGUGCCGGGCCAGGACUACCACUUUAUCUCUCGCACGCAGUUCGAAGCCGACAUACUCAACAGGAAGUUCGUCGAGCAUGGAGAGUACGAGAAGGCUUAUUAUGGCACAUCCCUAGAAGCAAUCCGCGAAGUAGUCAACUCCGGGAAAAUCUGCGUAUUAAACUUGCACCCGCAGUCGCUCAAGAUCUUGCGGACGUCGGACCUAAAGCCCUACACGGUGUUCGUGGCGCCGCCCAGUUUGGAGAAACUGAGACAGAAGAAGAUUAGAAAUGGAGAGGCUUUUAAGGAGGAGGAACUAAAAGAGAUAAUAGCAACAGCGCGAGACAUGGAGCUGCGCUGGGGCCACCUGUUCGACAUGAUCAUCAUCAACAACGACACGCAGCGCGCCUACCAGCAGCUGCUGAACGAGAUCAACAGCCUGGAGCGCGAGCCGCAGUGGGUGCCGGCGCACUGGCUCAAGCACACCUAGCACGGCCGGCGCGGCGGCGCCGCCGUCGCCGCUCCCGGGAACACUGGCCCGACCGAGCUCGGUGGCGCGAUCGACGCGUUCAAAUUCAUCCUGGUCAUAGGAAUCAUAAAGCGAAUGGUUUUACAUUUGCUCGUCUACCUCCACGACUCGUGGGGUCGGCUGCUCGGGCGGGAUUCUAAAGUAGAAGUAGGUACUAGUGUCCGCGCUUCCUGUACGGAGCGGAGAUUGUCCCCCGCGUGACUUUUUCUAUCGUCGUGUUUUCGUGACGGUUUGGUGGUUUCGAUUUUGGACCAGUUCCGUUCGAUUGUUUUUAAUGUCGUGUGUAGAAUAAGGUGCGAUGCUUAUGAAUGAAUAGAAGUUGUAUAAAAUGUACGAGAGAAAUAGAGUCAUAUUUAUUAUCAGUAAUGAUAGUUGACCACGUUUCGUAAGUCGAUAGUCUCCAUUUCAUAAUUUACUGGGCAAUAAUAUUCAUUAUCGUCGGAUUAGGUUAAGUUUGUGCAUACGUGAUGUAUAAAUAAGGGAUUUGUCAUACGUGACGCGGAUUUUUUUGGAUAUUAACAAAAUAUACUGCCUUACUCAAUAAAAAGUUAUGUAAUUUUAAUAUCGUACGGAAUUUUGGGCGUCAACCUGUUAGAAAUAGGUAGGUUAUUGUAAUAAAUCAUGCGAGUUUAAUUUAAACUUUUUUCUUAGCCAGUGGUGGAAUUAUGUGACCAUUCACUGGAUAGAAAUUGUUUAAAACUAAAAAUAAAUACUUUAUUUAAAGCUAUGGCAAAAAAAUACAUUUUGAUUUGUGUACUGAAAUUACUGUCCAAUAGAUCACCUUAAUAUUCCACCAUUGUCUUUCAUCUGUUAUAGAAAAUGAACACAUUAAAUUAAAUAUAUAAGUCGUAUUAAAGCGUACUAAAACACAAUAAAACCGGCCAAGAGCAUGUCGGGCCACGCUCAGUGUAGGGUUCCGUAGUUACUCUUCCGUCACAAUAAGCUAAACUGGAGCUUAAAGUAUAGUAAAUUGUUAACCAAGGGAUGAAACGGUACCUUUCACCCGAAUUAAACAAAUAGGCAUUUCAUUUUAACAAUACCUAAGUGCGUGCUAUGCAGUUCGCUUAACAUGCGUCCCCUGAAUGAUACUGGAAUUACGACUUUAUGCCCUCGCAAUAAGGAUCCAUUUUCAAUUUGUAAAUCGGUUCUGCAAUUAUAAUAAGGUUGGACCGAUUUACAAUUGAUUUUACGUGGCCAACCCUUGUUCAUAUAUUUAAUUACCGUUUGAAGAGUUGAAUCGACCUCGGUAGCCCUUUUAAUGUCAUGCGCGGUUACCGCCGAUGAAAAGUAUGAAAGUAAGAUGAAGAGUAAGUCUUUUUACUAUGAAGGGAAAACUUUUUGCGAUAACUCAAAAACAGCUAAACUGAUCAUGCCCGCUAUAGUUUUCAUUUAAUGUCUUUCUUAAGCUCUACUUCCACGAUUUUUUUCAUAUUUUUUGGACCUAUGGUUCAAAAGUUAGAGGGGGGGGGACACAUUUUUUUCUUUCGGAGCGAUUAUCUCCGAAUAUAUUCACUUUAUCAAAAAAUGUUUCUUGAAAACCCCUAUUAGUUUUGAAAGACCUUUCCAACGAUACCCCACACUCUAGGGUUCAAGUGAAAAAAAAAAUUCACCCACACUUUACGUGUAGGGGAGGUACCCUAAAAAAAAUUAUAUUUUUAAAUUUUAUUGUACAGUCAGCAUCAAAAGUAGCGGAUCAAAUAACGCUUCAUAAGUAUCUACCAUUCUGCAACAGCUUAACAAAAAGUGAUGUCUUUAAUAUAGAACAACUAAGACUGUAAAAGAUAUACUUUAGGUAAAAGAUAUACUUUAGAAAUUUUAUUGUACAGUCAGCAUCAAAAGUAGCGGAUCAAAUAACGCUUCAUAAGUAUCUAACAUUCUGCAACAGCUUAACAAAAAGUGAUGUCUUUAAUAUAGAACAACUAAGACUGUAAAAGAUAUACUUUAGAACGCGAAUUCUAGAAAUUUAUUUAUAUUUAGAAAAGCUAUCCCGAAUAUCAGAUACUUUUGGCGCGUUGUUUCAUCCGCUACUUUUGAUGCUGACUGUACGACUUUGUCGGCUUUAUUGAUUUAUAUAUCCAUGCCAAAUUUCAGCUUUCUAGCACUAACGACCACGGAGCAAAGCCUCGGACAGACAGACAGACAGACAGACAGACAGACAGACAGACAGACAGACAGACAGACAGACAGACAGACAGACAGACGGACAUGGCGAAACUACCUAGUUGACUACGGAACCCUAAAAAAGAUACUUAUCAACCUACAAAUCUCAUGGCAACAAUAAGUACCUAUCUAAUAGCAAGUCUACUCUAGGUAAAUAGAUACUGCGCUUCGAAAUAGUAGCCAUUCGUUUGGUAUUUCUGUCAUACAAUAAUAUUAGUAAAUCUCUUAUUCUAAAGCAAACCUCUUAUAAGUAAACUAUCACCGAUCUUAAAAGAUUGUUUGAAUUAUAUAAAUAUGAUGUCAAGGUUAUACACGAUAAAGGCGAAACGUUGUAUAUUACGCUUCAAUAUGACUUACUUUUCUUUUCAAUGUGUUUCAACAGCAUUUGUAGCUAACUUUGGCUGCGUAUGCGGAUAUUAAGUCGAUAACUCACUUGGGUAGGUGAAAAUAAGAGAGAAACCUUUUGCUGUAAGAGUCGUAGAUUAUUGUUUAAAACAGGGCAUGUAGUUUUAUCACUUGAAACAAUAAUUCCUUCCAUCUGGGCGUAGCGAAAAUAAAUAGAUGGCGUGGUGAUAAACCUUUUUUACGGGCGCGGGCCUCAUUUAUAAACUUACAAGUUUACCAGGUGAAACUGGCAACAUUGCACAAAAAGCCUCUCGUGAUUGAUCAACUGAGUGUCAAUUGUGUCAAUGUUGCCAUUAUAGGGCAAAUUAGUAUCUGUAAGGCGUUAUAAAAGUCAUAGUGAGUAAAUAGGACGCACGCUGUCAAUAAUACUGAUGAAGUCGUAUUAUAUCCCCUGUAAAUGGAUAAAUAUAAGCGAUCAUUCAUUACUAGCGAAUUCACAUGUGAAUUAAGACUAUUCCUAAUAUUAACAGAUGACGCUAUAGAGUGUCGAACACCGUCAUGAUCUACCUGUAAUACUACUGGAGUCUCAAUGUAUUUCAACCAUUGCGCGGCCAAAGUCAAAAUCGGUAGCUAGUAUUUACGCAGUAAAUAUAUUUGUCCAUUUAAAGAAAGACUUUAAAAAUCAGAAUUCAACUGUUUGGUUUUUUAACACGGUCUGUCGUUCAUUAAAAGGUCGCUUAAGAAGUGUAAGUAAAAUAAAGGCACGAUUAAUAAAAAUAGAGAUGUCGAGAAACCAGGCUGUUAUGAACUAUUAUUCAAUAAUUUGUCAACGUUAUUUUCGAUGGUUUUCUAUGUAAUGAAGUACUUAAUAACUUGAUGUUUGCCAAACAAAAGACUUCACAGGUGACACUAUGCCAAAAAGAAGUUGACUGUAGCAUAAAAAUCAACUGGUAACUUUUGUUGCGAUUGCGGCAUCAUCUUGAUGUCGGAGAAAGAACCUUUCAUUACACACACAGAUAGACCCUAUAGGUAACACAAAAACUAUCUGACACGUUUUCGUAUAAAAAGUGCAUGUGAAAGUUACCAGUUGAUGAUUUCAUAGAUCUAGAAAAAAAUAUUCUUUGUUUUUUCCGUGGGGGAUGCGAUGUGUUGUAUAGCUGCAUUUUUUUAUUUUCGAACAUUGAAAUGUCAGUAGCAAACAUUAGGCAUUUUUAACACUUAUCAAAUAUCCGUGAUAGUACCUAAAUCUAUUGAAUAAUUCAUUCUGUAAUCGUAUGUUCAAGACGUUGCGCGUAAAAUAAAUGGUAAAAAAAAAACUAAUAAUAUUUAAGGUGGCUAGACAAUAUCUGUUGCAAUGACACUUUCAAUAGUUAUCGUGUAUUUACAUGACAGUCACGUUCUGGCGCAACAUGAACUGUCAUUAUGACUGACAGUGUCUAUCCCCUUAGGCUUGCUCAGACAAGUCUUAAAAAACAAUAAAUGAAUCGGAAUUAAUUAGAUCAAAAUAGUUAGUAUCAAUACCGCUAAAAUGACACUAAGAUUAUACAAUACAAUACCUAUUUCCCUAUUGCCAAAUUUAUACUUUAGAUCUUAAAUAGGAUUUUUGAAAAAUUUCUCCAGUAGUCUAUUGUGGGUCUUCUCUUAAAGAAAUGAAUUGGUGGUAGGAAAAUUUAAAAAAAGUCUUUAAAAAAACAAUAAAUAUACCGAUCACUGCUGUUAGUGAGUAGAAAAGCAAUAAUUUGUAUCCGUAUAACCGAUGCCUACUGUACAACGACAUAUCUGAUUUUUAUAGUACCUAUUUCAAAUAAUAAAAGUAUGUCUAAUGGCACUGUUUCUAGAAGUGGUAAAACCAGGGACCAUGCGAAAGUUUUAUUUCUAUGUACACAUUUAUUUUAAAAGUUGAAUAAGAGCGCAUCUUUUAGGACUUAUUAACAUAAACAUAUAAAGGUAUGUGCAAUAAAGAUCUUUAAACAAUGUAAGUACACGUUCUUCACCUAAAAAAAAACAUUGUAGACUAUUCUUAUGGUCAGCAUAAAUUGCGAGUCGUUAUCUGACAUUAAAAUAGCAAAAUUAUGUAUGCUCAACAUUCUUUCUUUGCAAUCGUCUAUCACUGGAAAAACUAAGUGUUUUAGAUCUUCACAAUUACCUAACAGAAACCUUAAGAUACAGAAGGGAGUCUUCAAAAGUGUUCUGUUCUGUCAGUUUUGACAUCAAAUACUAAAACAAAAUGGUCCCAAGACUAAAACUUCUAAAAAUAGUGUCGUGCUACGUUAUCGAUUCCUUUUAGGCGCGUUUACCUCUUUACAAGAUACUAGGGUAGUUGCGUUACUGUGUUAUCGCUUGACCGAUUCAGAAGUUUUUAACAUUUAUAGUCGUACUUAUACAUCACUAUUUUAGAUGGCGUGAAUAAAUGCAAUACUUAAACUUUACGACACAAUAUUCUAAAUGUCCGGUAAUAAAUGAGAUAAAUUAGAUAUAAACUUGGAGUUAUUUUCAUUACAAUAUAUCUUGUAGAUAGAUUGUACGUUCCAAAUAACUUAGUGCCAAAUAUUAGGCCGAAAUAGGGUCGUUUCAUUUUUAUAGUAAUCACAAUUAAAUAUGUUCAUUUAUAUUUGUAUAGCUUGUUUUACCAUUACCAUUCCACGUUAUGCUGAUUUUGAGAUCGUGUCAUAUGUUUUAUUGUUCGACAUAACAUAUUCAUAACUUUGUAUUCGUUUUUAAGUUUUGUGUUAUUUUGACGAGUCAUUUGAUUUGUUUGUCGCGUACUCCUUUUUGAGGUUUCAACAUCAUAGUAGAUAGAUAGAUAUAGCUCUUCAGCGAUAAGACCGCCUAUUGCCUGCCUCUAUUUAAUCGAUUGUAUAUUUUACUGAGGUGUGCCAAUAAAGAGUAUUCUGUCUAUCUAUCUACCUAUAAAUUACAAGCAUCAAAGCGGGUAGGGUUUUUAAUUAAGUAUUUGGGUUUUAAAUUGGUUAAUAAGCAAAGAGACAAGGCUGAAUUAACACCAUACGAUGGGUAUUAGGGGACCAGUAGCCAUCAUCACCAUCUUAAGCUGAUGUAGUAUAGAGGAAGUUUCCUUGCUAGCACCACAGCCUUAGAUCCUGGGCCCUCUAUGACCCAUGUAAUAGACAAUUUAUAAUUCGGCCAGCCGUUGCUCAAUAAAAAAGACAAUUUCAAAAAAUUCAGUCGUUGAAAGUCGACUACCCAUAUAAUUUUUCUUUAAUUUUUUAGCUGGCUGAACUAUAAUUAUGACUAUCUGCGUUCUACCAAUUUUAAACUCAUAUAUUUGCACUGAAAAUAUUCUGAUGACUCGUUUUGGUAACACUGUAGUGGAAUUAGAUUAUCGGAGGUAACCUGCAGGGGUGCUAAGUAUUUAAAUUAGACCAUCAAUAUAUCCCGAGUUUCUGUAUUUGUAUUUGUAUUUGAAUUAUUGGCGCGGUGCAUGCCUCAACUGUCAUUAAAUAUUAGGUAUUACAGGCUGUUACUUUACGAACUUACUAUAUAUACAGGUUUUGUCAUGCAUCCGAUCAAUAAAACGUGGAUUUGUCAGUUCAUUGUAUUGAUAUUAUCUAAUUUAUAAAUAGUCCUGUAAAUAAUUUAUUAACAACUGAAUAAAUGAUAAAUAAAUAUUAUAAAUAACAUGUUAAUAGAGAACAAUUUAAUGUAAAUAAUAGAAUAUUAAA